CAUGCCACAGCGGGUGUUGCGACAAUUUGGGAUUGUCCAACCUUAUAUCCCGAUUGUCGACCGGUUCCACGGAUCUGAUUUUACGAAACAGGAUCGACGUGGCAAAGCAGGUCGGAACUGGGUUCAGUGGCACGCCAAUCAUAUACAAGAUUGGCAUAAUAGGCACGACACGGUGUAUGUUGAUUUGGAGUACUCAAUGGUGCCUGUUGCUACUGAUGAGUACAUGGACUGGUUUCGCCGGAUAACCGUGGUGUACCUAACAAAACCUGGGGUGCAUUCUCAUGAGGGCUUCCAUGAAACGGCGGCCUCUCAUCACUACGCGGUGGAGACCCUUCACAAAAUACGCCACUUUCUUAGGGAGCAAGACAUGUCAGGACGGCCGGAUUUAUUCACCAUUUCGAGAAUGGUUGAAGAUGGCCUCCAGAUAUGUGGGGAAGCUGAGACGAUGGACCACCGUCCUUCACAGCGCUCUGAGCUGGACCUUGACAUGCCCGUGCGGCAAAAAGCGAAGCGGCGUGGAAAGAAGAAAGUUGGUGGAGAGUCGUCAUCAUCAAGGAUGGAUACUCAGUUGGUUGAUGAUUCUGAUGACGAUUUUGUGGCUCCACCUCCACCAAGAUCUGCCGUGCGGGGUCGUCACUCAGUCAGCCACACGGGUGGUACAGGAGAAGAUUUCGGUCUCAGCGAUCAACAAACUCCACCUCGGUCUUCUGCGAGAGACGACAUUGAUUUAGAGAAUGUCGUCGUUGAAGAUACUCCUCCGUCUAGAAUCCCUAAGACCAGCAUCGGGAAGGGAAUCCGUAGUCUGUUUAUGCGUAAAAGGCGAGACGAGUGAACGUUGCCCGAACUUUUUAUAUUGGUGUUUUUACAUUGAUUUGAACGCUUUAUAUAAGUAAUUUGAUAUAUUGUAUUGAUAUUGGUGUUUUUUCAUUCAUUUGGCGUAUGUAUAUUAGUAAUUUGAUAAA